ACCCCUGUUUGAACGGUGGCUCUUGCCGGGACGGUGUGGGCUCUUUCUCUUGUGCCUGCCUUCCGGGCUUCUCCGGUCCUCGAUGUGCCCUGGACUUGGAUGAGUGUCAGAGCAGUCCCUGUGGCCCAGGGACCUGCUCGGACCACGUGGCCUCCUUCACCUGCGCCUGCCCCGCCGGCUAUGGGGGCCUCCGCUGUGAGCGCGAUCUUCCUGACUGCAGUGAAAGCUCCUGCUUCAAUGGGGGCACUUGUGUGGAUGGGGUGAAUGCCUUCACUUGCCUGUGCCGGCCAGGUUUCACGGGCCCCCACUGCCAGAGGGAGGUGGGCGUCUGCCACUCAAGGCCCUGCCAGCACGGGGGGACCUGUAUAGAGGAGCACCGGGGCUACCGCUGCGCCUGCCUUCCUGGCUACACCGGCGCCCAGUGCCAGAUGCUGGUGGAUUGGUGCAGCCGGGCGCCCUGUCAGAACAGAGGUCGAUGCACCCAGGCGGGAGCCGCCUUCUCGUGCCACUGUCCUCCUGGCUGGAGCGGCCACUUCUGCGACAUCCCCAGCCUUUCCUGCAGGGCGGCCGCCGCCAAGAAGGGGGUGAGGCUGCAGCAGCUCUGCCAGGCGGGGGGCCGCUGCGUAGACGCGGGCAGCACCCAUCACUGCCUGUGCCCGGCCAGCCACACGGGCAGCUAUUGUGAGCAGGAGGUAGAUUACUGCGGCGCCCAGCCCUGCCGGCACGGAGGCACCUGCCGCGGCUAUGUGGGGGGCUACGUGUGCGAGUGCCCCGUUGGGUAUGAAGGCAACAACUGCGAGGCUGAGGUAGACGAGUGUGAGUCCCAGCCUUGCCAGCACGGAGGCUCCUGCAUCGAUCUGGUGGGCCGAUAUCUCUGUUCCUGCCCUCCUGGAACACUGGGCGUACUUUGUGAGAUCAACGAGGAUGACUGCGCGGUGGCCCCCAGCGGGGAGCAGGGCUCCCACUGCCUACAUAACGGGACCUGUGUGGACCAGGUUGGGGGUUACCGGUGCACCUGCCCCCCCGGCUACACAGGCGCUCACUGUGAGGGGGACCUCAAUGAGUGUAGCCCCGGGACCUGCCAUGCCCCUCACACCAGGGACUGCCUGCAGGAUGCCUUUGGGGGCUUCCAUUGCCUCUGCCACCCUGGCUAUACGGGCCGGCGAUGCCAGACAGCGAUAUCUCCCUGUGAGUCCCAGCCUUGUCAGCAUGGGGGUCAGUGCCAGCCAAGCCCCAACAGUGCCCUGGCCUACACUUGCCAUUGCCCUCCGCCAUUCUGGGGCCCCAACUGUGAGCGAGUGGCCCGGUCCUGCCGGGAUUUGCCCUGUGCAAAUGGGGGUUUGUGCCAACUGACGGCUCUGGGCCCCCGCUGUACCUGUCCCCCAGGCCUGGCCGGACCCUCCUGCCACCUCCGUACCAACACCAGCUGUUUGGGUACCCCCUGCCGACACGGGGGCACCUGCCGGGUCCUGGCCCAGGCCCCCUUUUUCCGAUGCCUGUGCCCCCCAGGGUGGGAAGGUACCCUCUGUGAGGCCCGGGUCCACGGGGCCCUGCCACCCUUGCUGUCACCCCCCGAGGAGCCACAGUGUCCCAGAGCCAGCUGCCGGGACAAGCGGGGGGACAAGUAUUGUGACCGAGAGUGCAACUCGCCUGCCUGCCAGUGGGACGGGGGUGACUGCUCGCUCAGCGUGGACGAUCCCUGGCACCAGUGCCAGGCCCUUCAGUGUUGGCGCCUCUUCAACAACAGCCACUGCGACCCGGCCUGCAACACACCUGCCUGCCUCUAUGAUAACUUCGACUGCCACAGCCAGGAGCGUGGCUGCAAUCCCGUGUAUGAGAAGUACUGUGCAGACCAUUUUGCUGAUGGGCGCUGUGACCAGGGCUGUAACACGGAGGAGUGUGGCUGGGAUGGGCUGGACUGUGCGGGGGCCGUGCCGGAGCUGCUGGCCAAGGGGGUCCUGGUGCUCACUGUACUGCUGCCCCCUGAAGAGCUGCUGCGCUCCAGCGCUGACUUCCUGCAGCGUCUCAGUGCCAUUCUGCGUACUGCCCUUCGCUUCCGACGAGAUGCUCAUGGCAACCUCAUGAUCUACCCUUACCACCGGCCUGGGGGACGUCCCCGCCGGGAGCUGGCCCCGGAGAUCAUUGGGUGAGUGAGGAGGCCGGGGCCAGAACCGACUGGAUCCCAUUGUUUGGACCAUCCACAUUCUCACCCCUGUUCUG